AUGAAUUUUCAAUGCAAUAUGGUUGAGACAAAAUCAAUGGAAUCUGGAAACACUUCCAACGACGAGCGGCAAAUUGUGGACAGUCUGCGUUCUCUGGAAGACAUUGCAAAGAGGAUGCGCAAUAUUGAUUUCAAUAAAAGCUUGAAAUCAUUCGCCCAUUCUUGUAAUGGUAUUACCAGAUAUUUUUACGAUCAGCAAUCAUCUUUUUACACGUUGAAGAAAUUAAACGAGAACAAGUAUGGAAUCAAUGUUCCGGUUGAGGAAGUUACAAGUGAUCCUGACGUUAAAAAAGUCAUCGUUGAAUUAUUAUAUGAUAAAUCGAUAAAUGUAGACGAUGAAACAAUAAGAGAAACUGCGAAAAAAGAUCCGUCUCCUGCUGGAAAAUCCCUCAUUGAAGCUCUUCGUGUUAUUGUUUCGCAUAGGUUAAUAAUAAAUGAAGAUGUCGCCACUGUUAAUAACUCGGUUCAUUAUGUGAUCAAUUCAGACGAUAUUGUGCACUUUAUGCUAAAAUACCGAUCCAAAACCAUGAGAACGGGAUUAUCAGUGAAUAUCAAGACUUUGGAAAAUCGGCAGACUCCCCAAUUAUACCUUGUCAUUGAUGUUAAAAAAACAUUGUUUCAUCUGGGUUCUCAACCACUCAUCGAUAAACUUCGAGAUUUAACUAACGCUCUUUAUGAUAUUCCCUUCACCAGCUCGUCAGCCAAAUAUCUUCUAAAACAAGUUUUCAACAUGUCUUGUUAUGUGUUUCAUCAGAAGUCGAAAACGCUUCUGAAAGAUGCUCCAGUCGUUGUGAUCAAAGGCUUUGGACCCCCAGCCAGUUCAAAGCUCUCCGAAUUUCAUAGUCCGCAUUUCGGACGCGUUGAUGUUCAAACAUAUUAUAAAAGGAAAUAUGGUAUUACCCUAGCAUUUCCGCACUUGAUGACCGUAAAGGCAAAAUGCGGUAAUACAUUUGGAUUGUUUCCGAUUGAAGUUUUGACUGUUUGCGAAGACCAACCGGUAUCGGACUAUCAACUUACAGAAAGAGAGAGAAGAGAUGUCGUAAAGGAAGCGACAAUGACACCAGCCGAACGUUGGAAACAAAUAGGAAUGACGUAUACAUAUUUAAAAAUGAAUCGACAAAUUGAGACAAUCUAUGGUCUUUGGAAAAUUGGUCAUCGUUCGAUGAAAGUUGAAAGUCGAAAACUCACAGAGCCGAUAAUUGAAGUCCCCGAUUCGGCAAUUUCGAUUCACACGACGUCUGCUAAGUUGCUUUAUCCCGUCACUUUGAAAAAUUGGUGGAUAGUUUUUCUUGAAACCCCAAAAAGGAAAUUUGUGCCAUCAUUGCUUUCAUCGUUCAUGCGAUGCGGAAUCAGAGCACUAACGCCAGGCGAGAUUGAGAUUCAAAGAUAUAGCGAUGUGACUCCACAUUUGUCGAACAGCAAAUGCUGCUAUAUUGGAAUUGAUACCAAGCAAAUGAAUUUCCACACGAACACUCCAUAUACAAUUGGCUACGCGGCAAACGUCUUCCCUGAAGAUCGAUUUAUGUUUGCUGGAGGCUUUAUGUACGUCAAAAAGGAUGACGAUCAAUUCGGGCCAGCUAUCGCGGAAGCGCUUCUUGAAAUUAUUCGAACUUCACUUCAUAAUGGUGUAAAACCGAAUGAAUUAAUUAUUUACAUUAAUGGAAUUCCAGAAAGCCAUUGGCCUAUUGUUGCUGAUAAGUACACAAGGUAUAUAAAGAGAGUAUGUGAAGCUGUGGAAUUGCAAAUUCUCGAAACGAUUAAGCUAACGUUGUUUUUUGUUUCGAAAGACCACAUUGAGCGACUUUUUAAAUUGACCCCAAAACGCGAGCGCGCAAACGAUACUGGUAACAUUGAUCGUGGAACAGUAGUCGACAAAACCAUGGUCAAUCCGCUGUAUAAUGAGUUCUUCUUGUCAUCUCACGAGUCUGCACAAUCAACCUCCAAAACCCCGAAAUACACGUUAGUUUACAAUGAGCCGGGAAAAACAUUGGAAGAGCUGGAAGAGAUGACAUUUCAUUUGUGUUUCACGCGUAAAUCUCCCAAUGAUUCGACAUUAUUUCCAAUUCCCGUAAUGGCCGCGAUUGGAUACGCAAAAAGAGCCAGAACGGCGUACGCCAAUUCAGGAUUUUUUCCAUCAGUUCACAGAGACAGGUACAACAACUUUGUUGCAAUGUGCAAUGAAAAACUCGCCAAAGGGAGAAACGAAAUGAACUACAUUGCAACCUGA